AAUGUAAUUAUCGUUUGUAAGUAAUCGAUAGCGGCGUUUAUUGCUUUUCAUCGUUAGGAUUACCUCCCCGCUUUGUAGUUGAUACUUUCCAGUUUCCAAGCUGAAAGUUGUUGUCCGGUUGACGGUCCGUCUGGUUUCGUGUUGUCUUGAGCCGAAAGCCGAUACGCUUUGCUUCCGCCCAUUUCAGAAGCGGUGGAGGUUUGAGACUUUGAGUUGGAAGCGGUUUUGGAUUUGCGUUUGUCCCCAGAAGAGUUUCGCGUUGUUCGGAGGCGAAAAAGGCCAUCUCGGCUGAUCUACGGCGCGGCGUCCGCUUGUGAAACUUAAGCCCGCCUGAGGAUGAUGUCCAGAUCUGUGAGGGCCGAGACGAGGAGCAGGGCCAAAGAUGAUAUCAAAAGGGUCAUGCAAGUCGUCGACAAAGUCAGGAGAUGGGAGAAAAAAUGGGUCACCAUUGGAGAAACCACCAUGAAGAUUUACAAAUGGGUACCAAUUUUGUCUAAUGAACAAGGGCUAUUUCAAAAAAAGAAAGUCAAAGAUCAUGGCAACAAGGAAAAUUUUUCUGCUAAAAGGGCGAUUGAAACAUCUAAUUCGAACUUUGCCAUAACUGAAGAUUCUAAUACAUGCUUCUCAAUAGUCAGUGAUUCUCAGGGUCCUUCAGAUUUCUCAACGCAAUUAGGCUUCUCAGAAGAUUCUAAUUCGCAAAGCAGCGAGCCUGUUACAAAGCGCAUGAAAACAGACUAGUAAAGAAAUGUUCAGAUUGUACUUUCACAAAACAAAAAAACAAAUAAAACCAAAAAAUCAUGCAUGACCCUCUACGAUAAACUAUGUUGAUAAACUAAACCUGUAAAUCAAAUUGUAUUAUAAUUGUAUUUUAUAAAUAUAUUGUAUUAUUUGCCUUUAUGCUUA